GGCCACUGCUGCGACAUGGGGCCGAGAAAAAGGUCACGGCGAGAUCUGCAUGGACUUGAAGAUUUGGUGGUUAAACACGCACGUAUUGAUGAACCUGGCUGGACUGGUGUGAAUGAGCGCACCUUCAUUGCCGUGAAGCCAGAUGGCGUUCAGCGGAGACUGGUGGGAGAAAUUGUGCGGCGUUUUGAGAAGAAAGGCUUCAAACUGGUCGGCCUCAAACUAACGCAGGCGUCUGAGGAACUUCUAAAGGAACACUAUUGGGACCUGAGGAGCAAGCCGUUCUUCGGAAGCCUUAUCAGCUACAUGAGCUCUGGACCAGUCGUUGCCAUGGUGUGGCAGGGUUUGGACGUUGUCAAGACCGCUCGUAAGAUGUUAGGAGAGACCAACCCAGCAGACUCGCUGCCUGGAACAAUCCGUGGAGACUACUGUGUGGAAGUGGGCAGGAACGUGAUCCACGGCAGUGACUCUGUGGAGAGCGCCCAAAAGGAAAUCUCUCUGUGGUUCCGGCAGCACGAGUUGCAGUGGUGGGAAGACAGCAGCAAAGACUGGAUCUACUGAGACUUUACAUGUACUGCCUGCAUACUGUCCUGUAGCUCAACCAGUGUUUUUUUUUUUUUUUUUUUUUAAAUAUGUAGAAGUGAUAAGAAGGAUCAUAUCAUACCUCAGAUGAAUAUUGUUUUGGCUUUAGUAGCUUGUAGCCACAUUGAAAAUGAGGUCACGUUGCUGCCUUGUGGAUCUCUCGCUGCUGCUUCUUUUUCAAUAUUUUUUUCUAUCUGAACCACAAUAGAGGUGAAAUGACUUCACCAAAAAUGCACUCAACAAGCAAUAAUUUGAUCAAACUCUGUCAUACUUAGUUUUUUUAAGCAAUAAGCCUGGAUUUGGAGCAAUAGAUAUAUAAGCAUUUAUUUAAAGUGCAGCACAAGAAACUGUUAACAUGUCUAUAAUAAGUAUACAGUCAAUGUAUUAUAUAAUAACAACUAACUUAUUCACCAGUUCAGUUUGUUUACAUUGUUUUACAUUAACUGAAAUUUGAACAAAACGAAAAAUAAUAUUUCCUCGUCACUUGAAACAAACUAAAAAAUCAGCCAGAUGUUCAUGUUACUGCUUUAAUAUUCCUCGCAAUUAAAAUCAUGGAUGCAUCAUGUGAUGGCUCAUACAGAGAAAUACAGUGUUGGAUGCGG